GUUCUAUCUAUGUAUUCAUUUAUGUACCUUUAGCAUUGCUAAUCAAUAACGCAUGUUCUUCUAGUUUACUAAACAACUCUGAAAAUGAAACAUACUUAUCAUAGUAGAUGCUCGCUUUGAGCAGAGGCAAUCCGUUUCAAGACAAGAAAGGUAAACCAUAACAUGGAUGUUACGUGACAAGCAUAUAGAACCUCUGGUUGGAUAAAUACUUUCACAGAUAUCGUCAAUCGAUUAGCUGAUUAUUAUCUGCCUCUCAAUAAAUUAACCCUUACUGUUAAAUCGUCAAUCAGCUGUAGCAGGCGUUUCGGGAAGACUUUUUUCCGCUAUUUAUGCGUAUUCAAUGAUGCUCUGGAGCCUCAUAUACAGCACCCCAAGUUACUUAAGUGUGCACUCAUCAGCUUGCAACAACAGGAAACAGAUAUAGCGUCAAGUAGGUUAACUCUGCAGUUUGCACGCCAGUCUGGAUAAAUGGAUUUUGAAUAUGCAGCAUGCUUAAAAUCUAAGUCAAACUUAGCACGUUCCGGUGCCUUCGUUAUCCGACGGCUAUGAAAAUCGUUGUGUCUUGUCAUAAGACCAUAGAUAGGCUAAUAUCAUUAAAAAUAGUAUUGCCGAUGUAAAAGGGAAAACGGACAUUAAAUAUGCAAUAUAUGGAUAAUAACUACGUUCUGGUAUAUUUUUCCAUAACCAC